AUGCAGGAGAGCUACGAGAGUGUCAUCUCCCUGGCCGAAGAAAUCGCCAUCAGUUGGCCGCGGAUCACCGCCUUCGCCGAAUCCCACCGCAGGAGGGGCCUGGUGGCCGAUGGUGGGUUGUUGAGUGAGAAUGAAGAGGAAGAGCCACCACCGGGUGAGCUGGAGAAAGUGGAUGCUGAGGGGACGCCAGUGGGAAAGCCCAAGGGACCAAACCCCACCGGCACGGAGGGGCCCAAGCCUGGGGAUGGUCCCCAAAAACUGGAGAACCAGCCCAGGAAGCCGUCGGGCAAGCGACAGGGGAAAUCGGGCCACCGGGCCUUCAAGAAGUUCGCCCCGCGGAGCUUGCUGGGCCACGGCCGAUGCCACGACUGCGGCAAAGCGCUGGCUUUCGGGGCGGCCUUCAACAAACGCCGGCGAGGCACCGAACGGCCCCAUAAAUGCCCCGAGUGCGGGAAAUGCUUUCGGCUGAGCUCGACCCUCAUCACCCACCAACGUCGGCAUGCUGACGAGAAGCCCUACAAGUGCCCCGACUGUGGUAAGACCUUCAGUGUCGGCUCGGCCUUCAUCCAACACCAGCGGGCGCAUGCCGGCGCCGGCGCCACCACGGCGCCUUGCCAAUGUGGUGUCUGUGGGAAGACGUUCCCAGCCAGCACCAGUUUGGUGAAGCACCAGAAGUUACACCUGGAGGAAAAACCCUACAAAUGUGGUGACUGUGGGAAGGGCUUCAACUGGAAUUCCCAUCUGGAGCGGCAUCGCCGGAUCCACACCGGCGAAAAGCCCUAUGCCUGCCCCGAGUGUGGGAAGAGCUUCAGCUGGAGCUCCCACCUCGACCGGCAUCGCCGGACCCACGCUGUCGCCGGCGAACCCCCCUUGCAGUGCGGCGACUGUGGGAAGGGCUUUGCCAAGAGCGCGGCGUUGGCCAAGCACCGGCGUGCCCACGCCGACGAGAAGCCCUACAAGUGUGGGGAGUGCGGGAAGGGUUUCGGGUUGAACGCCGCGUUGAUGCAGCACCAACGGAGCCACGCCGCCAGCAAGCCCUAUCAGUGCGGCGACUGCGGCAAGAGCUUCGCCUGGAGCUCCCAUCUCGACCGGCACCGCCGCAUCCACAUGGGCGAGAAGCCCUACCGCUGUGGUGACUGUGGCAAGAGCUUCUCCCAGAGCUCCCACCUGGAGAGGCACCGAUGCAUCCAUGCCAGUGCUGAGCAGCCCUGUCAAUGCACCGACUGUGGCAAGAGCUUCUUGGCCUCCAACAAGCGCCAGCAGCUGCUGAGUGGUGCCAGCGAGAGACCCUCAAAGUGCACCGACUGUGGCAAGAGCUUCCUAUGGGGCGCUCGCACUCGACCGGCGCUGGAGAGGACCCAUAAAUGCAGCGAGUGUGGGAAGAACUUCGCUUACCGGGCAGAGAACGUCAAGCACCAAGGGACACAGACCGGGGAGAAGCCCUACACCUGCCCAGAGUGCGGCAAGAGCUUCGCGCAGAAUUCGGCGUUGGUGAAACAUCGCCGGAUGCACACCGGCGAGAAGCCCUACAAGUGUGGGGACUGUGGCAAGAGCUUUAGCGUUCGCUCCAACCUCAUCAAACACCAGCGGACCCACCUUGGCGAGAAGCCCUACAAGUGUCCUGACUGCAGCAAGGGCUUCAUCCAGAAAUCGGACCUCACCAAG